AUGGAUGCUAAAAAAACCAUCAAAGAAUUGGGAUUGACAAGGCCUUUCGAAAAUCAUGAGCAGCUCACAGAAAUCUCCAACACCAAGGGACUUCUUUUCUCAGAGAUUUUUCAAAAAUGUUACAUAGAAGUCAACGAGGAAGGUACAGAGGCUGCAGCUGCUACAUAUAUGGUUGGAUUGAUGGGCUGUUCUCGUUAUACACCUCCAAAGCCAACCUUUGUGCCCGAUCAUCCUUUCAUCUUCAUGAUUACGGAAGAAUCGUCUGGGGUUGGGGUUGUGUUAUUCACUGGAGCUGUCAUCAAUCCUCUCUUGAAUGGCUGA